AUGAGGAAGCAAGCGCUGGAGGCCAUUAAACACAUAGAUCCAUCCACAAGAACACAAACUACUAUAAACUAGCGAAAUCUUCCUCACACUCGUCGGAAAUGGGUAUUCCUGCGAACGGUCAGUCAGCAGCAAGCUCAUUCACUCGGCAUUGCCACACCUACAAGGUCUUCCUUUUCUGCAACUAUAUACUAUUGGGUGCGGCAUCCAGUUGCAUCUUUCUCACCCUCUCGCUUCGCCUCAUACCCUCUGUCUGUGGCUUCUUCCUGAUUCUUCUCCACGUCUUGACCAUAGCAGGAGCUGUCUCAGGAUGUGCUGCAGCUUCCGCUGGGGCUAGCCGCUGGUACUCUGCUCAUAUGGUAGCCACCGUGCUAACAGCCAUAUUUCAGGGUUCCGUUUCUGUUCUCAUCUUUACAAGAACUGGGGAUUUUCUUGGUCAGUUGAAAUCCUAUGUAAGAGAAGAGGAUGGUUCUGUCAUAAUCAAAUUGGCCGGUGGGCUAAGUAUUUUGAUAUUUUGCCUGGAGUGGGUCGUUUUGACGCUCGCUUUUUUCCUAAAGUAUUACGCCCACCUUAAUGGUGAUUCUGGGGUCAAUACCAUGGCUAUGAGAAGUGCCAAGGUGCAGCAGGAGGAGGAUUUGAAGGAUUGGCCGUGGCCUUUCCAGGUCUAACAAUUUGCCCCUCCUCACAACUCCAUUCAUUAAUUCGUUGGUCUUAACCGUGUAUCUAGCAUUUACAUUUCACUCUCGAGUUCGUGACAAAUCAAUGCGCAAUUACUAUUUUCUUUAAAAAAAUGUUUAAUUACUUUUCUAUUAUCAUCUAUGUAUGGCUUGCAUUUAUUGUAUUUUUUCGGCCAGAUUUCAAAAAGGUAUUCGGUUGAGAUAUGUAAUUUUUCAAGAGAAUUUAUUACUGCUACCAAUUCUAUGACUACUAUAAUAAUCAUCAUCAUCAAUUCAUUAA